GUUGUGAGAGAUGAAAGAUGAACUAACUGUCCAAGUCCAAAAAUACGGUAUAUCCUUGAUCCUUUAACUUUCCGAGUGUGAUAUGGGUGUUUUUUAUGAUUAACUUUUUUAUGAGAAAACAUUACUGAUAACAUUAGUGUAUGUGUUAAUGAGCUUCUGAUAAUUCUUAAGUGAUCAACUAUAAGUUGGAAUUUGACUGUCUGAUAUUUAUAUAUUUUGAGUUUUCACAAAGAUGGUUCUCAUUGAGAAUAAGGAUAUGGAUGGCGUUGGCAUCACGUUGGCGAUAGGAGCCUUGAGAGCCUUAGCCUUCGUAUACGACGUCCUCACAUUUCCCGUAUAUGUCAUCCUCCAGAGGCCGUGGCGAUUGCGCCAACUUUCCAGGAGCAUUAAGGCCGUUAUUGUGGACGUCGAACCGAAAGAGCGUAAUGACGUGAAAAUUGAUACGAGUGGAAUUGAUAGCGUUAAAGCUAACCGUUUUAGAGAUCCACCUUUUGAAUUUGACAAGGCUAAAUCGAUUCAACAAGAUGCCAAGUCCGUCACUUACAGAUCAACUGUUCAACCCACGCAUCACCACGUCACUUUGGUCCGCGAAAAAAUCGAUACGAUGGUGAAAAUGUUUGAGUAUUGUAACAGAAAGUAUCCGAACAAGAGAUGUUUAGGAACGAGAGAGAUUUUGGCAGAGGAAGACGAAGUCCAGCCGAAUGGAAGGAUUUUCAAAAAGUUCGUUAUGGGAGAUUAUAGAUGGAAAACCUUCUCCGAAGUCAACACACUGGCCGAACACUUCGGCAAAGGUCUCAGAGAAAUGGGCAACGAAUCCGGCAACAACAUUGCUAUUUUCGCCGAAACUCGUGCGGAAUGGAUGAUUGCCGCACACGGUAUAUUCAAACAAAACAUCCCUCUUGUCACCAUAUACGCCACUCUAGGCGACGAAGCCAUAGCGCAUGCUAUCAAUGAAACAGAAGUCACCACCAUCAUCACCAGUUUCGAUUUGCUGCCGAAGUUCAAGAAGAUCCUGCCGAUGAUUCCCCGCGUUAGGACGUUGAUCUUCAUGGAGGAUCAGCUGAAGAGUUUGGAGAAUAGAGAUGGAUACAAAGAGGGGGUUGAGAUCGUGAAGUUUUCGGAAGUUCUGCAGAAAGGUGCCAAGUCCAGUAUCGGUGAGUAUAUUAAAUAUUUUGCAUGGUAUGCAAACUCCACUUUCGUGAGGGGAGGUUUCCUGAUAUACUGAAAAUGUCGAAGUUUUUGCCAGUAUACGAAAAUAAGGGCUCUCGAUCUGAUUGGGUACGUCAAGGCUCUGUUUUGGGACCCCUUCUAUUUUUGGUUUUNACUGAUGGUUGAGAGUAUAUGCCUUUUCACGGGAGUUCCUAUCGGAUAUUCGGGCGCUUUGACGAUGCUCGACAGUUCCAGCAAAAUAAAGAAGGGCACCAAGGGGGACGCGACGGUAUUGUGCCCUACGGUUUUGACCAGCGUGCCAUUAAUAUUGGACCGGAUAUCUAAGAGUAUACAAGAGAGAGUGAACAAAAGCAGCAACGCGAAGAAAGUUAUAUUCAAAUUUGCCUACGACUACAAAACGUACUGGAAGAGAAGAGGUUAUUCUACUCCGAUUGUAGAUAUGGUCGUCUUCAAUCCAAUCCGUAAUCUCAUGGGCGGAAAGAUGAGAAUGAUGGUGUCUGGAGGCGCCCCACUAUCUCCUGAAACCCACGAACAAAUCAGUAAUUGCAUGUGUCUAGCGAUAAUACAAGGUUAUGGACCGCAAGAAAGAUUUAGUAAAACUGCAGGCAGGUGAAUACGUGUCUCUUGGAAAAGUCGAAGCUCAAUUGAAAACUUGUCCAUUGGUAGACAACAUAUGCGUAUACGGAGAGUCCUCCAAAGAUUUUUGUGUCGCUCUCGUUGUAGCCAACCAUCAGCAACUGAAGGAUCUCGCUGAAAGGAAGGGAAUUGCUGAAAAGUCUUUCGAGGAACUGUGUGUGGAUUCAGAUGUCGAAAAAGUUGUCCUGCAAGAAUUGGUGGAUCACGGAAAACGAAGUAAACUGGAGAAAUUUGAAAUUCCUGCCGCAGUGAAAUUGGUAACGGAAGUGUGGUCUCCUGAUAUGGGUCUAGUUACGGCAGCUUUUAAAUUGAAGAGAAAAGACAUCCAAGAGCGUUACAAGCACGAAAUUAAGAGAAUGUAUGCCUCCUGAAACACGGCUUGGCUGUGAACCACGCCCACAGAAAUACACUCAUAAAUCGCAUGAUUCGCUUCUGAAAUGUGUAAAAUUGUAAAGAAUUUUGUAUUUGCUUUGUACAUAUUAAUGAAACGUAUGGAGUAGGUUA